AUGGAAGAGCAAAGUUACCCACCUUGGACUGAGCGCAUCGCCCCCAUCGGCGGUACCGGCGUGCGAAUCCACUACCUCGACUGCUCCCCUCCACCCUCUGAAUUACCGGAAAGGGGCGUCAUCCUCUUGAUCCACGGCUUUCCCCAAACUUGCUACCAGUUUCGCCAUGUCUUGGUUCCGCUGGCGCGCGCCGGCUAUCGCGUGAUCGCCCCGGACUAUCGGGGUGCUGGAAAGUCUUCUCGCCCGGAUGGCGCCUUCACCAAGUCGGUCAUGGCUGCAGACCUGUCCUACCUCAUCCACACUCAUCUCGGAAUCCGCCAAAGUAUCCAUGUUGUCGGGCACGACAUUGGCGGCAUGGUUGCACACGCCUAUGCGUCCCGCUACCCCGACUACGUUGCGUCAGUCAUCUGGGGAGAGUGUCCCUUGCCGGGCACCAAGGCCUAUGAGAGGCACAAGACCAUGAUGCCCCAACAAUUCCACUUCGUUUUCCACCGUGUAGCCGACCUGCCCGAGGCGUUGGUGGCCGGCCGCGAGCACAUCUACCUCCGUCACUUCUUCGACAAGAUCUCGUUCAACGCCCAAGCCAUCUCCCAAGAUGACCUCGAGCGCUACGUCGGCGACUAUUCGCAGCCCGGCGCAAUGAGGUGUGCGUUCGGAGUGUACAGGGCCUUCGAGACGGAUGCGUUGGAGAACCGCGAGUGGCUGAUGGCGAACGGCAAGUGUCGAGUUCCGGCGCUGGGUCUGAGUGGCGAGCUCAGUUUGCAUGCGAAGGAGGCGGCGUGGAUGCUGGACGAGAUGUACGAGAAUGUUGAGACGGCGCUCGUCUGCGACUCGGCGCAUUACAUCGCCGAGGAGAAUCCGGAGGACUUCAUCCGUCAGGUCCUGGCAUUCGUCGAGCGGCACUCGUGA